AUGGUUGUAAAGAGUAAGAGGGUGGAGGAACACAUAUCCGACCUAGAUGAGGUGUUCGUCAUCCUACGAAAAUAUAAGAUGAAGCUCAACCCAGAGAAGUGUGUAUUCGGCGUAGUUUCAGGAAAGUUUUUGGGUUUUAUGAUCACUCAUCGGGGGAUUGAGGCGAACCCCAACAAGAUUCAGGCUCUGGCAGCAAUGAAAUCACCAAGGACCAAGAAAGAGGUUCAAAAGUUGACAGGCAUGGUAGCUGCCUUAAACAGGUUCAUGUCCCGAGCAGCAGUCAGGUGCUUCCCCUUCUUCAAAGCCUUCAGGGGGAAUCAUUACUUUGAAUGGAAUGAGGAGUGCGAGAAGGCUUUCAAGAGCUCAAGCAGACAUUGGAAUCUCUUCCUAUCCUCACCAAAUCCGAGCCCGGCGAGUGGUAUCUUGGUGAAAGAGGUUAACAGGGCCCAGCAACCCAUUUAUUAUCCUCUAAAACACAUUCUUCAGAAACCAGACGUCUCAGGAAGAUUACUAAGGUGGGCAAUUGAACUUGGAGAAUUUGACAUAGAGUUCAAGCCCCAUCUAUCUAUCAAAGCUCAGGCCUUAGCUGACUUCAUUGCAAAACUCACCCCAAGGCCUCGGGGGCCAGAUGGUAGCUCGAGCUCGACCAUAUGUGUGUGGAAAAUUUUCGUAGAUGGAGCAUCAAACUCCUCGAGCUCGGGCACAGGAGUCAUAAUCAUAAGCCUGGACAUGCUCAUAAACAUUCAGUGCGCACUUAUGUUCGAAUUUGAGGCGACCAAUAAUGAGGCAGAGUAUGAGGCUGUCAUCAUAGCCAUGGAUCUCGCCAUAAAUCUCAAGCUUGAAAAUAUCAAAAUUUACAGUGAUUCCCAAUCGGUAGUUGGACAAAUCGAAGGGAUGUUCGAUAGGAAGGACGGGAAGAUGAGCUUAUACUGCUUGAAAGUGCAUGAUCUCCAGAGAAAGUUCAAGAGUUGUGAAAUUGUGAAAAUUUCUAGGGCUGAGAAUUGUAAGGCCGAUGCCUUGUCAAGAUUGGUGUUCAUGGGAAUGGAUGGGCUUGACAGGACAGUUCACGUCAAUAUUGUAACUGAGCCAAGCAUCAAUCAGACCAUAGGCGUCAUGGAUAUUGAUAAUGAGCUGUCGUGGAUGGACCCCAUAGUGGACUUCAUAGAACAUGGCAGUCUUCCAGAAGAUCCUCGAGCAGCGAGAAGCAUCCGGCCUUCCGAAUCAUCCCAGGCCCUAGAAAAAGUUCAUGAAGGAGUAUGUGGGAACCAUCAAGGAGCUCGGGCAUUAGCCUUCAAGCUCAUAAGGUAUGGAUAUUAUUGGCCAACCGUGAAGAAAGACGCCCAAGAAUAUGUCAAGAAGUGUGACAAGUGCCAAAGAUUUGGCAAUGUCAUCCACCCUCCCGCAGAGGACCUCACUAACAUUAGUUGCACAGCCCUAUUUGAGCAGUGGGAAAUUGACAUCCUUGGUCCCUUUCCAAUAAGUAGGGGACAAUUAAAGUUUGUGGCCAUGGUUGUAGAGUAUUUCACUAUAACGUCCCACAGAACUGCUACAGGGGAAACCCCCUUCAUGUUGGCUUUUGGUAUUGAGGCCACCAUCCCUGUUGAAGUCAGGUUGCCCAGCCAAAGGAGGCUCGAUCCCGAAGAUGCAUGGCGCACCACUGAACACCUCGACCUCUUGGAAGAAGUUCGUGAUCAGGCAACUUUAAGAAUGGCCUCCUACCAAGAUAAAACAGCAAAUACUUCAAUAAAAAAGUGA